GUUCAUCGUUUACUAUAUUUACUGUCGGUCUUAAUGCAAAGUUGGUAAAUCGGUGUAUUUUUUAUUUAUUCUUAUAAAAACUUUUGAGCUGUGAUGACUUUUAGGAUAUCAAAAAUGUACAAUAUUAGAACUACUCUAUUUUUAUUAACUACGAUUAUUUACUUAAUAGAACCAACAAAGAGUGAAGCUGUACAUCUUACGAAAGAAAACAUGGAUAAUAUUUUGGCUUCCAAUGAGUUAAUCUUUGUAAUGUUCUACACUAACUGGUGUAAAUACAGCCAAUUGACGUUGCCUAUAUUUGAUGAAACAGCAGAAGCGAUAGCCAAAGAAUUUCCAGGAGCAGGAAGGGUUUUUCUGGGUAAAGUAGAUUGUGAUAAAGAAAAAAGUUUAUUUUCAAAGUACGAAAUCAAAAAAGUUCCAACCCUAAUAUGCUUUAGGAAUGGCCACAAGCCAAUGGUGGAGAAGUAUACAGGAGAAAGAUCAGUAAAGGCUUUUACAAAUUACAUAAGGGCACAAUUCUAAAGGAAUUGUUAGAAUUAUAAUCGGAGUAGAGGAUCAUCAUAGUUAUUAUACUAAAAUAGUCAUAGAUAAUAUGUUUACUAUUUUGUAAUGAUAUUUUAAAUGAUAAUAAAAUAUAUAUGUAUAAAAAUUUUCACCAAGAAUAAAAUGUAGUUCAAGAUCCGAUUUCUGGUCCUUACUAUGAUGUAUCUCUGAAAUCAGAUUAUUUAACUUUAUUAAAA